CGGGAUUGUUGUUGCUGGUUUGCUAUCGCUCAGAGUUUUAUCCAUAUUUUCUAAUAUAGUUUUUAACUACAUCUCUAAGGAAGUAACCGCUUCGAAUGUGGGAUUGUUGAGGUACUGAAAUACACUCCUGUCGCUUCGAUCCUUGGUUUCUCCGCCUGCUUUUCUCCUUCAGAGCAUGCAGCACAGCGAAGCUUCCGUCCGGCUUCAUCUCCUGAAAUAUGAGCGACAGGGCAGACAAAGACAAACAGAAGCGAAGAUUAUCGUUGUCCAAGAGUAAGAAAGGUGAUGUUAAGCCGAUCACGUCGUUUUUCCUCAGCCAGCCGCCCCCUCGGCUGGCCUGCCCCCUGUGCGGCCACUUCGUCCCAAGAUUCAAGAUCAAUGAGCACAUUGAUCUGCAGUGUCAGAAGUUUGAGCGAGGAGACGCUUCUGCAGCCUCAGCAAGUACUAACGAUGUGUCAAGCGGCCAGCUGUCACCCACGAGGAGUCCCCCUAAGUCCCCAGAGCUGGCUGGAAAAGUGCAAGAAGAGGUCACGGAGACCAAGACCAGUCCUUACUUUAAGAAGAAUAACUCCCAGCCUCCAGUUGUACACAGUAAGACCGUGGUCAGAACUAUCGAUCUGGGAAGCCUUUCCUCCAAACUAUCAAGAAACUGUCAGAAAAAGAACCACGCAGAGGAGAAAAGGGCAGAAACUUGUCUGAACCAGGAGUUGAACGCAUCUGAGACACUGAACAGCUCACAGAAAGAAAACGUUUCGAUUCUGCCCUCCAAAGGCAAAAGAGAAAGUGAUGUGGUCACUGCCUGCAGUGUAGACACUCCAAUAUCAGUGGAUGAUCCUUCAAGUUCAGAAAAAAGAUAUGAAACUAGACUCAGGGCAUCAAAGUCGGAUUUUCCUCCUAAACAGGAAUCUGUUUCCUCCAAGCUAAAAAAGAGAAAAAAGGAGAUAUCUUCCACUGCUCUGUCUGCAUUUCCCAAGAAAUCAAAGUAUGACAAGAAACCGGAACAACCAGAGGAGGGUUUAUCACAUGAAAUCACAGCUGACAUCGACAAGUGCAAUUCUGAUAAACCUUCGCCUCCCAUGAGGCCCUCUUUGAGCUCAGAAGAAGCACAAAAGAACGAUGCUGCUGUGAUGAGCAAUGAUCCAGAAUAUGAUGGAGAGACCCCCACCGGAGAGCAGAGCUCUCAAUGGCUUCCCUACUACCUCCGAAACUUUAGGACCGUACUGCAGGCUGUGCUGGACAACGAGGACGACCGGGAAUUGUUCAACGAGGAUGAUAUGGCAUUCAUAUAUGCGUUUGAGAAGUUAUCAGUCAUGGGACAGAAGCUGUAUGUAAGACUCUUUCAGAGGAAACUGAAAUGGCUUCAAGUAAAUAAACUGGAUUAUGCGGAGAUAAGCAGUGAUCUGGGACCGACGGCACAGGAACUGAUUCAGGGCAGUUUUCUACAGACAGAAGCAGACCUUGAGGACCUUGGGGAGGCUCUGGAUCUCCUGCCGGCUCCUGAGCUUAAAGCUCUGGCUAAAACGUUCCAUCUGGGAAACUCUGGGAGUCAAAAACAACAGCUGGUAGACGGGCUCCUCCGCCUCAGCAAGCAAAAGUCCCUCUUCUCUUUCGCUGCUGCUCAAAACAACAUAGGAAGUGUUAUCCUGAAACGGGCCAAGCAGCUGGCAGGCUCCUGUGUGCGUCUUUGUCGUGGUCCUCGGGCCGUCUUCUCUCGAGUCCUUCUGCUUUUCUCCCUGACGGACACCAUGGACGAGGAGGAGACGGCAGCGGGAGGACAGAGUCAGCUGUACACCAUCCUGCUGGUGAACUCGGGCCGUCUGGCCUUCCCAGACUUCACAGUGCAGCGCAGAGCCAAGCUGUUCCAGGACAGAGAGGACCUCAUCAGGUAUGAAGCUGCAAUGCGAGCCCUGCAGGAGGUGACCUUAGCAAUGCAGGGGGGUCAGUGGGAGAGGGCGCUGGAGCUUUACACUGCUGCCAAAACUGACUGGCAAGACCUGAGAACAAAACAUGACAUUAGUCACCAGGAAGCGCUGCCUGUGUUCCUGCGCAGCUUCACCACAGGAUGGGCUUAUACUCGAAUCUUAUCUCGAGGGGUGGAGAUUCUGCAGAGGUUACGUCGCUAUGAGGAAGCGGUGGAGGAGCUGCGGGCCUUGCUGUCACAGUCUGUUUACUGUAUGGACAGCCGUGGGCGAUGGUGGGACAGACUGGCUCUAAACCUUCACCAGCAUCUGAAGAAACCUGAGCAAGCAAUUCAUGCAAUCAGAGACGGACUGUUGGACCCCCUGGUCCGCACAGGACAUAAACUUUCUCUCCAUCAGAGAGCAGUUAGGAUGAAAGAGUCUCCCAGCUGCAAGAAAUACCGCCUGAAACUCAGAGAACUGCCUGCGAUUGAAGUCCAAGAUGUCAAACAUGUUACCAUUCGAGGACAGCUGUUUCCUCAUGAGGGGGACGGGAAAUCCAGAUUCCUGCUGCCGUCACAUGAACAGGGAGAAGAGUGUGACGGUGCCACUGUGAUCUGCUCUGUAGAGGAGCUGUGUCUGGCGCAUUACCGACAGCAAGGUUUUGACCAAGGGAUCCAUGGAGAGGGCUCAACAUUCUCCACACUGUUUGCUCUUCUGCUGUGGGACAUCAUUUUUAUGGAGGGAAUCCCAGAUGUCUUCCGAAAUCCAUACCAGACAUGUCCGCUGGAUCUUCACACUGACUGCUUCUACGAGAGCAGAAAGGAAGCCAUUGUGUCUCGUGUUCAUUUACUCAGCGAGGCAUCUGUGGAAACGCUGAACGACAUGUUGGAAGAAGUUUGGAAUUCCCAGGAGGGCAAAGUCUGCUCACUGGUCAACUGGGAGCGUUUUUCCUCCCUCCAGCAGGCACAGUCGCUGGUUGCUUGCUUUGGUGGGGGAUUCUUAGGCGGAGUAAUAUCACGGAUGGCUAAAGACUACAGACACUGUCGUGGAGGUUUGCCUGAUCUUGUGGUGUGGAACACUUCAGACAACAGCUACAAGCUGGUGGAGGUAAAGGGGCCUCGUGAUCGGCUGUCUCAGAAGCAGCAGAUCUGGCUGGAUGAGCUGCAGAAGCUGGGGGCUGAUGUGGAGGUGUGCCACGUGACGGACACUGGAGCCAGAGGAAGUCGUCUGGAAUGAACAGCUUUUAAAAAAUGACCAAUAAUAUUUUUUCUGAUAAGUAGCCAGAGCUUGAUGAUAAUUUAAAUUGCACUACAGAGACUCUGACAGAGAUUUUGUUGUUGUCUUUUUUUAUUCAGUCGCUCCUUGUGACCCUCCAGUUCCUCUAAACCAAUCAUUAAUCCUCUCAAUAACCUGAUAUAUCUAAAAUACCAUUGCGUUCUGGUAUAGGGAACAUACUGCGCCGUGUGACUGGUGAAAGUCACUGCCUUCAACAAAUAAAGGUGCAUCUGGAGAUUAAGAUCAUCACAGAGACGUGCCAGCAUCAGAAAUAGCUCGCAAGCAGAUAAUCGCAGCCAAUGCACGACAGGAAAUGAAUCCAACCACCACACAUUUGAUGGUGUUUCCUUUGCUUUGGAAACACUGUAUUCUCAGGAUCUUGCGUUGCCAAGCAACCACAACUCACAUUUGGUUGGCUGCUAAUAAAUUGUGCGACACCUCUGUGAGGUUGUUACGCAAUUAAUGACUGUGAUCAUAUGCCAAUAAGUGUGCAGUUUUACUGAAGUGAAUCUGUUUAAGAUAACAGUAAUUUCAUUUUCACCACCAAAUUUCACAAAAGCAGAAAAAAAAUGUCUUAGAUGGGUGAGUUUCUGUAUUCCUCUUUAAAAGCAGCUUUUAAAUUCAAUGGAUCGUUCAAUAAAAUUGA